AUGGAGAGCCGGCCUGCAAUGAAGCGCGCCUCGGACUCAGAGGCGGAUCCCCCACCCACACCAAAGAGAGACCGUAUGCGUGUACCACCUGCGGAAAGGUGUACUCAAGAAGGUGUGCACUCCGAGCCUGAACUAUUAGCGUUUAUGCUGACAAUUGCUAGCGAUGUGCUACGACGGCAUUUGAAAAGCCACGAAAAAAAUCCUCAAAGUGCUUCUCCACAGCCCCGAGCUUCGAGUUCAGGAACGCCAUCUCAUUCAGUGGAAGAAGAAUCUACUAUAAUCACUACCCCAUCGCAUGGGGCACCAAAGAUACAUGAGCUACUCAAUGAUGCUUCGUUAAUAGUACCAACCGUACCUCAUCAACUGAUUGGCGGGACUGAACCAUCUCAACCCCAAUCAGCGGUAGGGAUGAGUCUUCACGAUCCCGUGCUACAAACAGAUACCGAUUCUUGGUUCCUGGGGGCAGACUUUGAUGUCAAUGCAUUGGACUUCUCCAUCUCAUCGGCAAUAUCGGAAUGGGCGCAACUGCCUUCCACGCCACACAUGUUAGGCUCUGUUGGCUUAGGAGAAGAGCCGCUGCAUUCCGUACCAACGCCCUACGCAAAGGGGAACGGCAAUGAUCCUCGUCCAGCAGACAUUGUAAGGAAGAGAUGGUUUACCUGCUUGUCUCCACCAGAGGUGAAUCAUUUCGUCUACAGAGGACCUAAUCGUCCCAGUGACUCCUUCCCUCAAGGGAGGAUUGAUGCCGAUGACAACUAUAGAGCUGGUCUCUCCCAGAGGCUAAAGCCCCGCAUGCAUGAUGAAGCACUGCCCUCUGCGGAGCAAUUGAACCUCUUUGCAAAACUCUUCUUCAGUCGAUUCCACUCUCUAUUUCCGGUCAUACAUGCGCCCACAUUCCGUCCGACCGCGGAAAAUUCGUUGCUAUUCUUAUCAAUCUGCUCAAUAGGCAGUCUCUUUGUGGGUUCAUCCCAUGCAGUGGCACAAGGCCUGAGGAUUUUUGAAAGACUGAACAAAGCAAUUCUGGCCUCGUGGGAGGCCAUCCUGGCCCAUAGCCAACCGGAUGCCUUGUCGAUGGUGCAAGCUGCCAUUCUGGGCCAGACUUAUGGAAUUUUGUCCGGAAGGCCCAAGGACUUGGUCCUGGCUGAUGUCCUGCAUGGUACUGUGAUGGGAUGGGCUCGCGAGUCCAAUAAAUACGCCACUCUUGGCCAUGGCCAGAUUCUCGAUGACUGUUCGACCGAACAAGAGCUGAUCGAGCAGUGGCACCGAUGGGCCGAGGCGGAACAGAGAAGACGGGUCGAAAUCGCCCUGAAUAUACACGACGCAGAGCUUGCUAGUCUGAUGCACCAUGAACCUAUUCGCAAACAUCGACUCUCACAAUAUCCGCUGCUAGCCUCUGAACCUAUGUUCAUGGCCCCGACAGCCGCCCGAUGGGCCGAUAUAUUCAAACAGUCACCGUCAUAUACCAAAUUAAGCCUGAGCCCCGACCUUCACUUUCACUCCGCCGGGCAUGAUUCCAGGUUUGCUAUCUACAGUGUGUUGGAGAGUAUAAACGCCCAUGUUAUCGAGGCUCGCCUCUCAGGCACCCUAGAUAGAGGUAGAUCACAUAAUCUAUCUGGCCUACUAAUGCAUUGGUGGAGUAAAUAUAGCCUACAAUACAUCCAGAAUGAGGAAGAGGACCCCUUCAGUCUUCCAGUCCUGUGGCACUCGAUUUACAUGUCUCUUUACAGCGACAUGGACCUGCUUGAACGAGCAGUGGGUCGUAAUGGGCAUGCAGCUGCCACUGGAUCUCAGGACCCAGUCCAAACGUGGGCAGGCUCCCUGGAUGCCAGUAAGUGCUUGGUACAUGCGCUGUUGAUACAGCGUUACCUCGAGAGGAUGCGGAUUUCCUCUGAACCCGCAAUACACGUUCCCGGGGCUCUAUUUUCUGCUGCUCUCGCAUGGCUCUGCUUCACGAGAAUUGGGCAACAGCAAUCCAUCAAUCUGAAAGCUUUUGAUGCCCCAGAAAUCCAGCUCCUGGGCAGUGAGACCGCUUUGCAGGAGGCUCAAGGGCAGGCAUUUGGAGACUCUGCAUUUGCAGAUGUUAAUCAUUUACAUCGACUGAUUGACCUUCUGCACCGUUUUGGGCGCUGGACGAUCUCCAAAACAUUCGCCACUGUGCUGUGCACCGCUUUGGAAGAGGUUAGGGAAGAAUGA